UGUGUGUGUGUGUGUGUGUGUGUGCUGAUGAGGGACGGACCGGCAGCGCUGUGCGUGCCUGAGUGUGUGAGGCGCAUCAGUGUGCGGGCUCGGUUCGGUGGUCGCGUGCGGCGGGGUUGUGCGCGCUCCGGCGAUGCAGCAGCAGCAGCAGCAGGGAGCGCGCGUGCUGAAGGAGGGCGUGCUGGAGAAGCGCAGUGACGGGCUGCUGCAGAUGUGGAAGCGGAAACACUGCACGCUCACGGAGGAAGCCGUGCUGCUGCACGCGCCAAAGCACGCGCACGCGCACCCGGCGGGAAAGGGCAAGGAGCUGCACUUCUCGCGCGUGAAGACAGUGGACUGCGUGGAGCGGAAGGGCAAGCACGGGUACUUCACCGUGGUGAUGGCGGACGGGAAGGAAAUCGACUUCCGGUGCCGGGCGGAUGAGGGCUGGAGCGCGGAGAUCACUCUGCAGAUGGUGCAGUACAAAAACCGGCAGGCCGUGCUCGCGGUGCGCUCCACGCGCCACAAACACCAGCGGCUCGUCAUCAGCAAACCGGAAACGGAGGUCCCGGCGGGGGAGAGCCGCGCGCACAGCGGCUAAACAGAUUCAUCAGCUCAUCACAGCCAGAUGGAUAGAUGGCGGUGACACACACAGAUACACUCCAAGUGUGGAACUGACCUCCUGAUUUAUCUGUGUGCGUGUGUGUUAGUAUAAAUCAGCAGCUUUCUCUUCAUUCAUCAGGCCAAAGACACCGUGUCUCUCCACCCCCCUUCUCUGUCCGCUCUUUUGAACUCUCCAUCCUCGUGUAUGAUGUCACACUGAUGUCAUCAGAGAUUGAGACCAACCCCCUUCUCUUCAGGAAUGGUCUGUUCCAGCUACACACAGACUCUACUGUUUGGGAAUGGUAUAUUCCAGGACAUUGUUGUUCUGCAUGACUCUUCCUUAACCUUUACAGUGUGGGUGUGGUUAUGAAGUGGGUGGGGUUAUGAAGUCUGUAUGUCAGUUGCCAUGGUUACAGUGUCCCAACAGUAACAGGACAUGGAGUUCACUUCCUGUGUCAGCUGUGUGAGGGACUGGGCCUGAGACGCAGAUACCACUUUUCCACCAAAUCAGUUCCAGGGCUGGUUCGGGGCCAGUGCUGGUGCUGGUUCACAACUCAUUCAACUUACGAGCCAGCUGAGAACCAGUUUCCUUUUCCAUAGCUUGCGGUGCUAAGGGAAGACACGUCAUUACGUCGCUGUAUACGUCAUUACGUUGCUGUAUAUGUCAUUACGUCGCUGUAUACGUCGCUACGUUUGCAUAAACCUUGGCGCGAAUAUCAAAGCAAAAACAACACGGAAGAAGCAGCAGCAACAACAAUAAUAAUAAUAAUGGAUGACUUCGCGUUUGUACAGCUGCUGCUUCACUUAAAAAUGGCGAUCUUUUGCGGUCUUGUUAUUGUUGUUGGUCUUAACAACUCCGCCCCCCCCCCGCUGACGUAAGUGGUUCUUUCCUCUGGCCCAGCAGAGAGUUGGUGCUAGCCUGGAACUGGUUUUUCUGGCCCCAGAGCCAGUUCUUUGUCAGUGGAAACAGAAAACCCGGUUCCAAACUAAGCACUGGCCCCGAACCAGCCCUGGAACUGCUUUGGUGGAAAAGGGGCAAGAGACACACUGAGGACACUUACACAUGACAACAGGCAGAGGAGUGAAGGAGAUGUCUGUCUGUGUGGCCGCCUGUCUGUCUGCAGCUGGAACAAGCCAUUGUCUAAAACUGUGUGUUGGGGGAGGGGGGGGUUAACACCAUGCAGUUGCUAAAGCUGCUUUCAUAAAUAAACACUCCAUUUCAAGCACA